AUGAGCCCCGAGAUGAAGGAGCGGCUGCGGCGGGAGUACUAUGGGCUCGGUGGCUCGCCAAACAAGGCGAUGGGAAGCAACUACUUUUUGUACAUCAUUCUUGGCAUCUCGCUGCUUGCGGUGCUUUCCAAGCUCACCGGCGCCAUCUGA